AUGGGUUUCGCAGUUCAGGCAAGAUCCUCGACGAUUUCACAAUGGAUUACCCAGGUCCUCCACCUUGACGACCCAGAAAGGGUGCUUGUUUUGAAGCUUGAUAUUCUGCUGCUCGUCUGGGCAUUUGUGGCAGGUCUUACAAAGGUUUGGAUUCACUGGGUUCUCGCUAUGUGCAACCAAGCCCUAACUAACAGUAUUCCCAAGGAUAUGGAUCAAUCCGCGACAACGCAGGCAUAUGUGUCCGGAAUGAAAGAAGCCUUGUCAUUAUACGGCAAUGAGCUCGUCGAAUUUACAACGUACUUUUCUAUCGGAUACGCUCUGGCCAUCGUUCCUUCACAGAUGAUCCAGACUCUAAUACGGCCUUCCAUUUUCCUCCCUGCCUGCGAGGUUGUCUGGGGAGUUCUGACUCUCAUGACGUAUGCGACAAAAAACGCCAAAUCUGUUUAUGCGCUUCGAUUUUUCCUCGGAAUAUUUGAAUCGACAUCGUGGCCUGGCUUGGUCAGCUUGAUAUUUAACUGGUAUACCCCGCCUGAACUCGGAAAGAGGCUGGCUAUAUUCGGUGUCAGCGGUGUUGCAGGAAGCAUGUUUCUCGGCAUUUUGCAAGCAGCGCUUUAUAAGAAUCUCAACGGGGCUGGGGGUCUUGAAGGUUGGCAAUGGCUCUUCAUUGUUAGUGGCUGCAUCACGAUAUUCUGGGGUCUCAUUGGCUUUUUGAUCAUUCCGGACUCUCCCAGUAUUACCCGGGCCCUGUGGUUGACACACGCCGAGCGUCGCUUGGCUGUUACACGCAUGGAGAAAAAUAACACUGAGACCUCGAAGCUCAUUGACUAUAAGAGACUUUUCAGAAAGGCCAAGCUUAUUACGCUUAGCCCCCUGGCGUGGCUUUAUAUGGCUGCCUACCUUCAGUAUGCCUGGAGCCAAAGGGCUAACAGCUAUUUUCUUUUAUAUCUCGAGGGCCUUGAAAAGGCAAAUGGUGAACCGCGUUACAGGUUGGACUCCAAAGCUACGCAUUCCUCAACUGACAAAGACUAA